AUGUUAACAGAUCUUGCUGUUUGCAUAAAGUGCCCUGAAGAUCAAUGGUCCAGCUAUAAACAUGAAAGGUGUUUUCCUCGAUUUACAGAAUUUCUUUCUAAUGAUGACUCCCUGGGUGCCAUAUUCACUGCAAUAUCUACUUGUUGUUGCUUAGUUACUAUCUCUGUGCUGUGCUUAUUCGUCAGAUAUCAUGAUACUCCAAUCGUGAAGGCCAACAAUCGUGAACUCAGUUACCUUCUUCUGCUCUCCCUCAUGUUAUGCUUUCUCAGUUCCUUGAUAUUCAUUGGCAGGCCUACUGCAGUAACCUGUAUGCUCCGACAAGUUGUCUUUAGCACUGUGUUUUGCUUCUGCAUUGCAUGUGUGCUUGCAAAAUCUAUUACGGUGGUGAUUGCUUUCAAUGCCACUAAACCAGAAAGCAAACUAAGGAAAUGGAUGGGGCCCAGAACUGCAGCUUAUGUACUCCUUCUUAGUCUUGUUAUCCAGGUUCUUAUAGAUGCAAUCUGGUUGGCUACUGCACCACCAUUUGUAGAAAAGAAUAUGAAAUCUACCAAGGAUAAGAUUGUAAUUGAAUGCAAUGAAGGUUCAGGGAUCAUGUUUUAUUGCAUGCUUGGUUACCUUGGAGUUUUAGGAAAUAUAUGUUUUAUAGUUGCUUUCUUAGCAAGAAAGCUGCCUGAUAGUUUUAAUGAAGCCAAAUAUAUUACAUUCAGCAUGCUUUCAUUCAUUUCUGUAUGGGUUUCGUUUGUACCAGCAUAUCUCAGUGCAAAGGGAAUCUAUUCAGUUGCUGUGGAGAUAUUUGCCAUUUUGUCAUCCAGUGCAGGAUUGCUUUGUUGUAUAUUUCUUCCAAAGUGCUACAUUAUUCUCUUGAAACCAGAUAUGAAUACACGGGCAUAUCUAAUGCAAAGAGGCAAUAUACCUUCAUAA